AUGUUCCGUCCAACAAUAUAUGCGUUGUCCACAAGACCUGGGCGAGCCGCUAUCGGGGUGAUACGGGUUUCAGGUCCUCACUCGAAGUAUAUCUACCAUAAGCUCACUGCUACGAAGAAGGAGCCUCUACCGCAGAAAACUAGUGUACGGAAAUUGUACGAGCCAAAUACAAAGCUGUUGUUGGAUGAAGCGCUUACUGUGUUCUUCAAAGCCCCGAAGACGUAUACUGGUGAAGAUCUAUUAGAGCUACAUGUCCAUGGAGGAAAUGCGAUAGUUAAAUCUGUGGUCGAUGCCAUCAAGAAACUACAUAACCCCGAAAAUGGCAUUGAGAUACGACAUGCUGAGCAGGGUGAAUUCUCUCAACGUGCAUUUAUGAAUGGUCGUUUUGACCUCACAGAGAUUGAGGGGAUAAGGGAGAUGAUAGACGCAGAUACAGAAACACAAAGAUUAGCUGCAUUGGCUUCACUUAGUGGGGAUACAAAGAGGACUUUUGGUGAAUGGAGGACUGAUAUUGUGAAAAAUGUCGCUCUACUUACAACGAUCGUAGACUUUGGUGAAGAGCAUGAUCUUGAAGAGACUAAUCAGUUGUUUGAUCAGGUUGAUCAAAAUAUCGAUAAGCUCAAGGACAAGAUCACGUCGUACCUUAAUCGAGUGAAGCAGUCCGAGGUUUUGCUCAAAGGUAUAAGGGUCAGUUUGUUGGGUCCUGUGAAUGCUGGCAAACUGUCAUUACUCAACUACUUGACAAAUCGUGAAACAGCCAUAGUUAGCGACAUCGCUGGUACUACCAGAGAUGUGUUGGAUGUGCCGUUGGAUAUUAAUGGAUACAAAGUGAUAGUUGGAGACACUGCAGGAAUAAGAUCGCUAAAAGAUGCUGACCCAAUAGAAGUCGAGGGAAUAAGGAGAGCAAAACAGAGGGCAUUGGGGAGCGAUUUGGUUUUGGCAGUUAUCCCUGUCGAUAUGCCUGUCUCUGAAGCUCUUAUUGAGAACGUUCGUCUUCUCAGCAAUUCUGGGAGACCUAUUAUUGCGGUCUUAAACAAGACAGAUUUAGUUGAAAGUGUUGAUGCAGAAGGCUACGCUACACAAUUAGGGCUCCCGAUGGAAAACAUUCAUGUGGUGUCUUGUAAGACCGGCCAGGGCAUUCAGUGCCUACGUGAGUCAUUAACUGAUAGAUUCAGAACAAUAUCGUCGUCUGAGCCUAUCAUUCUUUCGUCCCGAGCGCAAGAUCUUGUUGAAAAUGACGUCCUCUUUGGUCUCGAUGAAUUCAAGAAAUGGAAGCAAGAGGGUGAUGUUGUACUUGCACUCGAAAGUCUUCGAAUUGCAGCAGAUGGGAUUGGAAAGGUUACAGGUGAUACGGUCGGAGUCGAAGAGAUCUUGGGAGUCGUGUUCCUGAGUUUUUGCAUUGGUAAGUAA